CAAAAGUCAGCCCUCUCUGUUUAGACUUGAAAAUUUGUGGCGCAGGCUUUCUUUUCUGGAUAGGUUUUGGAGAAUCAUGUUUAAAAUGCUCGACUAUUAUCAAGGAAAGACAAUAUUCAUCACCGGAGGGUCCGGCUUCCUUGGCACAGUUUUGGUACAUCGGAUCGCUACAACCAUUGAGUUCAAACACAUAUACUUGCUGCAACGUGGAGGGAAAAGUGGCCUGUCCGGGAAAUGGCACCAACAUCUCCCAUUUGAUACUGCGCAAUGGCUUCUAGAUCACCCCCGCAUCACCAUUCUAGACGGUGACAUGAUGAAGCCUAGCCUAGGCCUUGACGCUGAUCACAUUGAGAUGUUGAAGCGCAACGUCCAUAUCAUCAUCCAUGCCGCAUCUUCAAUCAACCUUGCCCAGCGGCUUCAAAAGAUUUGGCCCAGCGUUAUCCGGGCCACAGAGUAUGCUGUCGAACUGGGGCUCCAAUGUGACAAAUUGGAACGUUUUGUUUACGUCUCAACAGCGUAUACCAAUACCCAUCUGUGCAGCCUGUCUCUCAAAGGAGAUGUGGAAAUGGAAGAGCGUAUAGUACCACUUGAAUCUACCUCUCCCAAUAAUGUUAAUUCCACUGUGGACGAAGAAUACUCGGAACUACAGUCACGAGGAUCCACCAAAGAAUACGAAAGCAACGACUUUCCCUGGGGUUAUGUGUAUGCCAAACAUCUUUCCGAGCGCCUAGUCACGGAAAGGUUCACAAGACACGGCAAGUACGACCGAUUGCUGAUUUUACGGCCCUCGGUGAUUGGGCCGGCCGAGAGCCUUCCAUACCCCGGGUAUGCGGUUCCCACAUCGACCCCAAUGACUAUGAUCGUGGCCUUGUUUGUCAACCAUACAGCGUUUUCCUUUGAAUUGUCCAGCAGGCUAGACGACCCGGAAUCAGACUCCAAUCUGGACGAAGUCCCUGUUGACAUCGUUGUAGAUCGCCUUCUGGCUCAUCUGGCUUACCAAACCCAAGGCUGCGUCCAUGCGGUAAGUGGCAGAAAAGCUCGGAUUUUCUUCAGGGAGGUAGAAGCGGCAGUUUACCAACUCCGAUGGUUACCUUGGCGGUUUCGUUUAACGUGGGUGAAGGAGAACGGGUGGAAUACCGAAAAGUCAAACGCAAUCAGUCGUCUAUACAAGAUCUUUGGUACUUCGUUCAACUUCCAUGAAGGGAAGACUGAGCAGCUGAUGUCGAAGUUGAGCGUGGAAGAAAGAAGGACAUUGCGGUUGUUCAAUACCAGGAAAGUCGGUGCAUUUGAGCUAGUGUCCCGCAGCAAGCAGAUGUAUGAUUGCUCGACUAUAUUCGCCAGGAAGAUAGCUUAUCCUUACCGGGCCUUUUACCAACUGUUAUGGAUUAUCUGGUGGGUUUAUGUCAAAUUGAUUGUUGCUUGGGCGGGAUUUGAUCUGCGGACGGUGACCCGGCAGCUGUUCGCUGGACGAAAGGUCCAUUAACAAUAUUCAUUAUUGCGCGACUUUUCUGUUUUGAUCGCCUUUCGCCGCAUGUUCCAAUAGGAAGCAAAGCAAUGAUACGUUGAGAGAUGAUGAAAUGGUGUACAUCAGGUGCGUGAUGCGAGACGAUGGGCGAUGCGGGGGGGUGUUGGAUAGACGUUGGGAAUGAAGUUGUAGAAAGGAACGACCUAGAGAUUGAAGGGGUCAGGUGAUCAGCAUCAACAUAGAUCAUGGUAUUAGAGCUCAUUGAUAUUCUACGAUGGUACAUUGCUGGUUUAUGGAAAGAUAUAAUGACACUUAGCAGACCAUGAACUCCUUUCUACUUGCAUUCUUUGUCUGGUGCGCACCGACUGAAAUCAUGUAUUGCUAAAUGUCUGCUGCAAAGCUGGCGAAAGAAAGACCUGCGGGUCAAAUUUACAUCACCAUAGUA